GCAUCACCAGGCACUGCCCUUGUACCACGCUGGCACAGCGUGGCCAGGGGAUCCCUCUGCCUGCCCGCAGAUCCACCGGCUAGAGCGAGUGCUGGCACCUUGGCACAGACACAAGUGCUUGCACUUCAAGGCUGCUCACCUCUUCUCCCAGCCGCGAAGAGAAAGAAAAUUAAAUCUAUAGAAACUGCCAGGAGAGGCAAAUGCUGCCAAGGCAUUUCGGGAGAGAGCACUCUUCUUUGGAUUCAGUGUUCGGGUGGGGCCACAGAAGCCCCCAGGUCUGGGCCUUGAUCUAGAAAGCGCAUUGGGGGUCCCUCCUGGAGCCCUGCGUGCCCGUUCCCCGCCUAGGACAGGUCCAGAGCGGUGGCGGGGAUGCCACCUCCGUCUGCACCGGAGAGCGGGCGCGCCCAGGUGCGCCGGGCGGUGCCGGGCGGGCGGAGCCCCGCGGCCAUGGGGCCCGGAGAGGCGCUGCCCGCCCGCCCGUCCUGCCGAGCGGGUGCUGUGCUCUCUUUUUCUUGCCGUGACUCGUGCCAAGCAUUGUGCCAGAUCAUCAAUGUGUCUGAAUCACGCUCUCCUCUCCUCACCUCUAUGGAGGGGACUGGCAAUGAAACAAACUGGAGCAUUUCCGUGCCUUCUGGAAGCAAAUACCACCUCUACAUUGGCUUGGCUUUGGCUAUAGGUUCCAGUAUCUUUAUUGGGUCUAGUUUCAUACUGAAGAAGAAAGGACUUUUGAAACUGGCAGACAGAGGAGUCACCCGAGCUGGACAAGGUGGAUAUUCUUAUUUGAAGGAAUGGCUUUGGUGGGCUGGACUGCUAUCAAUGGGAUUAGGAGAAGCUGCAAACUUUGCUGCCUAUGCCUUUGCACCUGCAACCUUAUUUACCCCCUUGGGUGCACUGAGUGUUCUCGUAAGUGUUAUAUUGUCAUCCUAUUUUUUAAAAGAGAAGCUGAAUAUUCAUGGAAAGCUGGGCUGUGUACUGAGCAUUUUGGGGUCAACAGUCAUGGUUAUUCAUGCCCCAGAGGAGGAGGAGGUCACCUCACUAGAUGAGAUGGAAAGAAAGCUGCAAGAUCCAGUGUUUGUUACAUUUGCUGUUCUCCUAACAAUCGUUGCCCUUGUCCUGAUUGUUGUCGUGGCUCCAAAGAGAGGUCAGACAAAUAUACUGAUCUACAUUUUGAUUUGCUCACUCAUCGGUGCCUUCUCUGUUUCGUCUGUGAAAGGCCUGGGCAUUGCCAUUAAACAAAUGCUGGAGAGGAAGCCAGCCUAUCGCCAUCCCUUGGUUUACAUCUUGGUGGGCAUCCUGGUGCUCUCAGUCAGCACCCAGAUCAACUAUCUCAACAAAGCCCUGGACGUGUUCAACACAUCCCUUGUGACCCCCAUUUAUUACGUGUGCUUCACUACGACGGUGGUGACGUGCUCCAUCAUCUUGUUCAAGGAGUGGAGCAGUAUGGAAGUGGGUGAUAUCAUUGGGACCCUGAGUGGAUUCUGCAGUAUCAUCAUUGGCAUUUUCCUGUUGCACGCUUUCAAAAACACUAACAUCACCUGGGGUCAGUUGAUGUCCAGUGUCGCCAAAGAGCCGUCACGGCCACACCGUGAACUUGAAACCAGUCACACUUUGCUGGAGAGCAUGGAAGACCCAGCUUUGGCAUAUGAGGAGGACAACAUUUUAUUCAGCCAAUGAAACCCUCAAGCAGUGUUCAUCCUCAAAGUGUCAUGAAUUGCAAACUCAGCCCACCCAUGUCUGCUAGAAUGUUCUACUUUUCUGCAGUCCUCUGGACAUUUGUCUGUGAGCCCUGUUAAGUGUGGGCCACUCCUCUCUAUGUCAGCUGUUGGCAGUAAUGAAUGAAAAUGUUCAGUAAUUAGCAUGACAGACAGAAACCUGGUGGUGGUAUGUUAGGCAAUGAAAAAUAGGGUCCUUUUUUAUGCAGCAUCUCUUCUUGGGAAAUUUUAGCAAAAAAUGGUCUUUGUAAGCCACAUUUUAAAAAUGCAAUUUUCUUUUAAUGAUAAAAGACAAUCCUUCCUGAAGUGGCAGGUACUCGGCUAUUAUCUUGUUGAUGGCCUUAAUACUUCUGGCUUUCUUUAUAUUUUUUAUAAUUUAUUGCCAAGCAAGCUUGUAGAUUCUCUAUAUGAAGGAUAUUCAUUGGAGACCUAAUAUGAAGAAAACAGUGUUUAACCCUUUUAGUUUUUAAUAUAAAAUUUUAUGCAAGAUAUUUUUCACUUUUGAUGACCUGCCAAUGAACACUGUCACAAAAAAAUUUUAGCAAAUACAGUUCUUGAUAAGUCUCAGCUUUUUUACCCAAGGAAUCCAGACUGGAUUGUGAAUCCCUGAAUAUGUUUGUCCUAGUUUAGGACAAAAUUCCACAACUCCCUCCCCCACCACCGGGUUUGGGAGGAAUUUCCUCAGAGGAGAAGGUGGAAAAAACUUGUUUAUUGAGAAACAAUGAAAAAAACACUCCCCAACACAAGGAAAACAGUCCGAGAUGACAACAAAUGUUUUCACCGGUCCAAGAGAGGGUGAGCAGUCUCUGCUGGGGAGGGUGCCAAAGCUUCUUUCAGGUGCAGACUCCGGGGGGGUUUCCCUUGAUGUUCCCGAAUCAGGGCCCGAAACAGGUCCAAUGUCUUCAGGGAAGGGAGGAAGGAAAGAAGGGGAAACACAAAAGCAGAAAAAGAUGGCAAAAAAGCAAGCAAAAAGCAGAAAGCAAAGAGCAAAGCCAGCAAAAGCAGCCUAAAGCUAGCAGCAAGCCAGAAGCAAGCAGCCAGGGGAGGGGCUCAGCCACAGACAAAACAAACUGGGCACACGGGAACAGGGGAAAAAAAAAACCAACCACGAUUUGGGAUACAAAGCAUGAAAAUGUCCUGUCACCCCAGGACAAUGUUUGUACUUUUUUAUUUCAUAACUAAGACCAAGUUUAAGAAAAACAAAAUUUAUUAGAGGCCUGAGAACUGUUGCUACUGUCUUAAAAUGUUGCAUGAGGUUAUAGAAUUAAGUAUUCAAAGGCAGGAGAAAACCAGAAGAUGCAAUUAAAAAUUUCUACUUUGUUCUAUAUUAUUUUGAGGAUUAAGAAGGGGCUUUACUUAUUUCCAUACUUCUUCCUAAUAUAGCCAUCUAUGAAUUAGAACCCAUUUAAGCUUUUCAAAUUUUUUCCUCAUUUUCUGGGAAGGUAUUUUUCUUUAUUAAUAAUAAAGCAGUCCUGUUAAUUUUUACUUUUUUAUAAGUGCAAAAUCCACUUUACAAUCCAUGCACUACUUCUAAAAAUAUUAGGUAAAGGAUGGGCCAUAGGGCAAGGUGUGAGAAAUGUCAGAAUGUCUUUUUUUUUUUUUUUUUAGUUUGGUCUUUUCAUCUUUUCUAAAUAAGAGUAUUUGCCUCUAUUAGAUGUUUAACAAUGUGUUAAUGUACCAGAAGCCUUGGAGAUUGGUAACUGUACUGUAGUACUGUAGUUCCUCAGUUGUGGUCACUGAUCUUGGUGUCACAAAAAAGCUUGCACAGUCCGUGGUUUACUCAUUACAAUCCUUUUUGUUUUCCACUUUGUGAGUAAGUAAAGAAAUCCAGUAAUCAGAUGUGUGGGUGGUGACAAGCUCAUCAGAAAGCAGCCAUUUGGAUUUUUAGGUGUGAGUCCGGAAAGUUUGCCAGAGUAUGCCAGCACUUCCGCAGCCUAAUAAUCGAUUUUCAUCAGCUGUGAUUUAUAUGCCAAGCAGAACUUCCUCAUGAAGCAGGCUACAUGUUUUCUAAUGUGCAAAAGGAUUAGUAGGGGAGGACAGUUUGGAUGGAUAGAUUGUUCUGCCAAGGAAAGCUCAUCCUUUAGCUCUAAGAACAAAAGGGUUGCUGCUUGUAUUUCAUAUAUUUGUGUGGCAUCACCAUUAUCCAGCAGAAGGGACAUUUUCACAAAAAAUGUACUUGCUUUUGAAAUAUAAUGAUGUUGUAUACAUUAUCAAUUUGGAAUAUUUUUCAGCUUAAUUGAGUGAUGAGAUACACAGCAAUUCUUUGCUGUUAAAAUGCUUGUGUUAAAAAAGCUUCAGACAAGAAAAUCUACUAACAGGGUUUCAUUACUUCUUAGUUAAUGUAGAGAAUAGUUUGGUUUUAUUGACCAGAUUCAAGCUUCCAAAUCUUUAUAGUUCAAAACAAGUAAUACAAAUAAUAAAAAAGACUGAAGAUGGAGGGCGCUUUAUAGUUUGUUUUUUAACAAAAACUCAAAUGGCUUUUCACUCUGGAUUACACAAUUCAAAGAAUAACUGAAGAAAUUAUUGAUUGUAAAAAAGAGAAAAAGAAAGGCUUUAGCAUAGUUCUUCGCCCAUUUAUUUGUUUAUAGAGUCAUCACCACAUUUGUGGUGUGACCAAAUGAGUUAUUUGUUAGAAAAAGCAACCAGUCCAGUUCCUGAAUGGAUAUGCAUUGGCAUUUUUAAAGUUAUGUCAUAAUACUUUCUUUGAGAAGGGUGUGGACUCCUUAUAUACCAACUGCUGGCAAUAAUUAACUUAUACCAAGCAAAAUUCCUGUAUUUUUUACUGGACUUGCAUAUCUCCUAUUACACAUAAAUAGCAACUAAUAAUGAAAGAAUGUUAUUUUCUAACAGUGUCAGAAAAACAACGUUAAUGGUUAUUUUCAUGGUGUACAAGAAGUCCAUCAUGUUAGAAAUAAAUCAGUGAUUAACUUUUGUAUAAAAGCAUUUGUUGUAAGAGAUGCUAUUUUUUUUAAUGUUUAUAUUUAGUUACUAGUUUGGAAUAACUUUGAUUUUUUAAUUGAAAUUAUGCUAAUAUUUCUCUUGUAAUAAAUUAUUCAUGGUUAUGU